AUGGACACCCUACCUAAAACCCAACGUGCGCUGGUGCAGAAGAGCUACGCGGAGCGCCUUGUUGUCGAAGAGGUGCCAGUUCCGCAACCUAGUCCCGGCUCAGUCGUUCUCCGUGUGGAGGCAUCGGCCAUCAUCUCGUACCAGAAGCAGAUCUGCAAUGGGACUCGCAAGUACCCAUACUCGACGCCAAUGGUGCCGGGCACAUCGGCAGUGGGGCGAGUCGUUGCCGCCGGACCCGACGCUACGGUCCUAAAGCCCGGUCAGCUGGUCCUGUUCGACAUGUACAUCCACGCGCGUGACGACCCGGGCACCGUCAUGUUCUCGGGCCUGUAUGCCGGCGGCGACGGAGGCAAGAUUCUCAUGGAGGGCGAAUGGCGCGACUCCAGCUUUGCACAGUUCGUCAAGGCGCCGUUGGAGAACUGCCAUGUCCUGAACGAGACGAGACUGUGCAGAGAGCUGGGCUAUACGGUCGGACAGCUCACAUGGAUCGCCCGAGCUGUUGUGGCAUACGGCGGCCUCCGAAGCAUCGGCCUGCAGGCUGGCGAGACUGUCAUCAUCUCGCCGGCCACAGGGGGGUAUGGCGGCUCAGGCGCCAUCGUCGCAGCGGCCAUGGGGGCACGCGUUAUCGCUCUUGGGCGGAAUUUAGCCGCCCUCAAUAGCCUAGCAGCGCUGUCACCACGGAUUCAUGUUGUGCAAAUGUCGGAUGACCACGAGGCCGAGAUGAAAGCACUCACGGCGUUCAGAAAGGCCGACGCGGUCCUGGAUCUCUCGCCGCCGAUGGCUAAAGGCUGGUCGCAUUUGACGAGUUGCAUCCUGUCACUCCGACAUAGUGGUCGUGUCAGCCUCAUGGGCGGCGUAGGGGAAGCCGAGCUCCCGCUCUUCUUCAUUGUGCGCAACGAUAUAACGCUCAAGGGCAAGUUGAUGUAUGACUACGCUGAUGUUCGGGACUUCAUCAAGUUGGUAGAGACGGGUGUGUUGAGCCUGAACCAUGUCAAGAUUGCCGGCACCUUUCCUCUGGAGCAGUGGGAGGAAGCGUUUGACGCAGCGGAGAAAACGAGAUUCGACGAUGUGGCGCUGCUGUCGGCGUGGUAA